UUCGAAUUGUCGCCUUGUGCUUCCUCAAGGCUACUACUUUAUCGCAGAUGGACUGUGGUAACGGAUUCAAGAUCAAUUUAGAACAGACUUCAGACAACCCUCUUGUUUGCUCAGUAUGCUCGGCUCAUGAAGUGUUUGGAAUAUUACCUGCUUGUCUGCAUGUAGUAUGUGUUGCGUGUGUUGAAUAUAUGCGCAAGGAGGACGCAUACUGUUGCAUUCUAUGCAAGGAGUCUAGCCAAAAAAUCAUUAGCAACCCUAACAUUUGUAAUACAGAAAACACCAACAAGUCACCCACAUGCAAUUGGUGUCAUGACAAUGGCGAACAGACAAAAUCAAUCGGACAUUGCGAAGAAUGUGACAUAUGGCUAUGUGGGGAAUGUCUGAAGGGUCAUAAUCGAAUGCCUCCACUACGUAACCAUAAUAUCACAUUGCUGUCAAAGAGCGAACAUCUAGGCUCACUCCGAUGUGAAGCACACCCAAACGAAGCACUAGAAUGCUUCUGUGAGGCUUGUGGAGUUUUGACAUGCCGUGACUGUCAGUUAUCAGUUCAUAGAGAUCAUGGAAGUCAUCGAUGGGUUGGAGAAAAGGCUGUUCAACUAAAAGCUCCUCUAGAAGAGGGCAUUCAAAAUCUUAAAGAAUCUGGGAAAAAACUAUCUUCUGCUCUACUUUGCGCUACUAACGCUCGUACUUGCAUGGAGGACAGCUUCAUAUACAGUGUAGAGAAAGCUCGUCAAGAUAUCAAAUCACGGACGUCUUCCCUCAUUGACUGCAUUCAAAAUCGUUCUGAAUGCCUCCUGAAUGAACUCGACAAAAAGUCAGAUAUAUAUGUUGUCCGACUACAGGAAACGGAGAGUUUGAUACGUAAGCUCCAGGAACAAAUAAAUUUCGCUUCGGCUUUUUCAAAUCAUCUCAUUCAAAAUGUGGACAAUGAUCCUGCUAGCUUAGUACAACUCUAUGAAACUGUCAAACUGCGACUUGAUGUACUUCAAAUACUAUCUGAACAAAUUUUGAGCGAUUCAUCGUCUGUAGUUGAUUCAUUAGAUCAAAAACUAAAAGAUCGAAUAAAAGAGUCCAGUUUAUGGUCUGAAAAUGUUGUUGGCUGGCAUGCCAUGGUCAAUACACGAGCAUUGUUUCUUGGAACUUGGGAUGCUGAAGAGUUGUGUCGAUAUUCUGGAACAAUAGCGUGGCUACCCAAAGAAGCUAAAACUACAUUUUCUCCUAAGGAUAAUAAUAGUCAAGCAUUGGGCUGUCAGUUAGCUAUGAAGAUAGAAAAUGGAUUAUCGAAACCUAACGAAUUGGCAAGUAAUCAACUUUCUUCGGAUACAAACGAUUUUUUGGAUUCUCUAGCAGAAUUAGAUGGUGAUAAGUGGAUAUGUGGAGAGACUAAUGGUGAAUCUAAUUCUUCUCCAGUAGGAUGCGCUAUCUGUUUUGGAGUAGGACUACUUGCACACUGUGGCCGUUGUAGCCGAGCAUAUCACUUGGAUUGUCAUUUGCCACGGAUAAAUAGUAUAUCAUUAACACCUAGUUGGGUUUGUGGUCUAUGUGCUGACAAAGAGGUUGAUUCAGCUGCUCAUAUUGAUCCAUUGGUAAAUGACAAGUUUUCUCGUAGUGAUUACCUAGCAGGAUGUCGAAUUUUAAUGGGUUUGUUAGUUCACGAUGAAGCUGUUCAUUUUACUGCAUCAGUUUGUCCAGCAUGUUCCGUUCCCCUCCUAUCUACUACUCACUCUAUGCCCCAUUGUCCUGCAGGUCAUCUCUAUCAUCGCCUUGCAGAACUUCGACUAUACUUGGAAGAAGCAGCUUCCAUUCCAAAUGGUCAUUCAACCAUAAAUUCCAAUCCUUAUUCAGAUGACAACCAAUGUCGUUUUACUCGCCUCAGUGAUUGGCUUAUAGAGGUAGAUAAGUUUUGGUCAGAUGCUGCCAAAGAAACCAAUAUACGUGGCUCCACUAAGGGAUGUUUACAAGCAGCACGUCGGCUUCGAUCUCGUCUAAUCUCACUUGUACGUGAACAUCGACCGGAUUGUGAAGCUAUUUUAUCAACUAAAACAAUAACUAAUGAUUUAAUCAAUGAACCACUUAGUAAUAAUCCAUCUGAUGUAGAUAAUUGUACACCAGAACCGUAUGUAUUGAAUUCAUCUCCUAUUCCUUUAAAAAAUGAGGUUAGUGAAUAGUAGUAGUAGUAGUAGUAGUUCAGUAAAAAUUCAUCAGCACUAUUAUAAACCCGGUUAACAACUGAACAAUCAAGCUAUUGAAUAUGUAGUAUACUCUCUAGCGUAUUUCUACUAUAAUAAUAUUAUUAUUUCAUAUUGUAUUAUGCCAUUUUUUCGUAUAUAUAUAUAUAUAUGUACAAGUGUAACUGGUUAUGCAUAUUCUUUUACUUUGGUAAGAAAGUUCUCUGUAAGCUAUUGUCUCUCUCUCUCUCUUUUUUUUGUACACACACUAUACUUGUUAUUGUAAUUUUUAUGUUAUAUAGUCGUGUUUUUGACUUUAUACUAACACUUUAUCUUCUCACAUUUUCCAACUGUGUGACAGUAUUUAUGCAUUUAUAUAACUGUUGUUUUUAUUGACUGUUCUCUUUCCAAUGAAAUUUUCUGAAGAAGAUAUAUAACCAAAG